UCAGACAAUGGAAAGGAAUUUGUAGCACAAGUGAUCAAGGAAUUAAUCGCACUAUGGCUAUUAGUAAAAAUUAUUAAUAGAUGCCCUAGGCAUCCCCAGUCACAAGGUUUAGUAGAACAUGCCAAUAGUAUCUUGGAGCAAAAGCUAGGAAAAUGGUGUGAAACAAUUA